AUGUCGACACCGUUCUACACCCCGCUCGCAUCGGUAUUGCCCUCUUUCGAAGGAGCCACGCUGCUCAUUCCAGCAGUUUCGAUCGGGUCGGUUCCACAGCUUGCAGUCGACCUGCUGCUGCACAGCGCCGACUUGGGACUUGCCAAGGUGGGCCGCAUCGAUCCGUCGUUCUGCUUCCCCUUUGCUGGUCCCUCGGACGCGCGCGAUGCAGCAGCAGACGACAUCACCACCGCUCUCGAAGUGUUUGCCAACGAGGCGGGGUUGGUGGUGAUCCAGCAGCGUGCGCCCGUGUACAAGUCGCGCGGCACAGAGUACAUCACCGCACUGACAAAGUGGAUCUCGCAAGCAGGCUUCAAGCAGACGCUGUGGAUCUCGUCCAUCGAUGCAGCCGCACGCACCGAUGCCGAAUUCGAAACGCCCAUCCUCUCCAUCCCCCCCGCAAACCCGCAAACACCCCUCAUGAAGGCCCUCGCCACGUUUCCCGUCUUCGCACCAGCUGGCGAAACGAUUCCCGUCAUUCCAGGCUCGCUUUUGACCCGAAAACUCCUUCAACUCGAUGCGGAACUCAAUCUCGGCACGCUGCUCUACUUUGCGGCCGAAGGAGAUACACGACCCGAUGCAAACUCGCUUGCAACCACCCUCCUCUCGCUCCUUUCCCUCCCCUCAUCUGCACCGCUGCAAGAACCCGCUUCAUGGUCAGCCCUCUUUGGUGCACCACCCAACUCAUCUCUCUACACCUAG